GGUUUCCCCAGUGCAGCUGGCAGCAUGGAUGGGCUUCAGAGCUCCUGCUAGCUCUGGAAGCCUUUCAUUCUGCCUCCUCGCUCACUAUGUUUCCUCUGAAUAGAUUUUGAGUACAACAAUUCAAGAAGAAUUCCUCCUCCCAGUUAACACAUCUUUAUUACCAAGUCUCUUACCUCUUGAUUGUUGGAAAAAAAUCUUGUAAAAGCUGACCAUCAAAAAACUAAACCUUGAAAGAAAAAAGCCAGAGAAUUCAAAUAAUUUGAAUAUACUGAGCAAAACCUAGUUGCCUUGAACUCAAGCCCAUUCAGAGGAAACAAAGUAAGACCACAGCCACCUGCCAUGCCAGUUGGCAGAGUUGAAAGUCCACCCUCUGCCUCUCUUCCUAGGGAUAGCAGCCAUGAAUGCCGGGUGUGCAGGGUGACACUGGUGGGUUUGUCAGCAUAUGCCAAACACAUCUCCAGUCAGCUGCACAAAGACAACAUUAAUGCCCAUGACAGAAAAGAGGAUGAGAAAGAAGAGGCAGAAGAAGAAUACCUUGACAAAGAACUCACUCAACUAAUCAAGCAAAAGAAGGAACGGAACCGGCAAACUGAACCAAGUUGUGCAAACAAAGAAUUAGAAUGUGAUGAUAGGAGAUCACAGAGAUUGCGAGAAGAAAGAGCUGCAUACAAAGAAAGAGAAGCUUAUGAUCAAUCGUCUUGGCAUCAUCAUAGUGCAUCACAAAGGGACUGGAAGUGGGAAAAAGAUGAUUAUGUUAGUCCUAGACAAGGCAAAUUUUCACACUCUCAGAGGAACCUUAAUACAAACAAACAUUCAGGAGGUGCAAGGGGGCGCUCUGGGUGGCACCAGAAUGUUUCAGGAAGCCCUUCAAAUCGACAUAACUAUGGGAAUUCUGGAAAUGCUUGGCAUCUAAGUGGGCGGGGAGGAGGAACCUCAAAUUGGCAUCAUGGUGCCAGGGAAAGAAAUUCUGCUUGGCACUCAGAAGAAACAGGUCAUUUUUCUAGCUGGAAUUCCAAGAGUUAUGGAGGAAACUGGAAAUCAAGUUCUCGUGGUGCAAAUGGCUGGAAUUUCGGAAGCUUGGGAGAUUCAUAUUCACCAGAGCCAAGUAUAUACAGUAAGGAAAGGUACACAUGGCAGCAGCCAGAGAAAGGCGAUGUUCUGCCAUACAGAAAUCGAAGGAAUAGGGAUGACUCUCUGGAUUUUACUAGUGAUAAGCUUGCUGCUGAAGGGGGAUUGGAUUUUAGUCUAUUGAAACAACUAGAAAGCAAAACCUCAAGAGCCAGUGGAAAAAGUGUCAGUCCUUCCAGAGAUAAAACAUAUCGCUGGACUCCCUACCCAUCCCAGAAAACUGCAGAGCAACAAGCACGGUCUGAAGAUAAUUCAAAAGCUUUGGAUAAAAUGGAUUCUGUACUUACGCCUCUUACUGAUUUGUCAGUGAAAGAAAAAACUGGUGAAGUCAAUGUUAGUCUUUCAAAACUUCAAGAACAUGAAGCAUCUUCCCCUUCUAUUGGAACCUCAGAUAACCUUGAUUCUUGCAAGGUUGUAAAAGACUGUUCCAGUGGUGAAAAGCCUGACAAAGAUGAUAGCAGAAGUAAUAGGAUGCCAUCAGUGAAAUCCCCGCUACUGAAUAUCACAGAUAUGAAGUUAUCCUUGACAAAGCAAGACACGAACAGUCUCUUAAAAAAUGUCAGGCUUUUGUUAUCAUCAACUAGUAGUGAAGAACAGAAUCAUUUGAAUGCAGUGAACUUGGAAACAAACAAUUUCUCCUCUUAUUCAUCAAAACUGCAUGGUGCUUGUGUUGGUAACUUACAAGACAGCAAAGGUGUGCUUGGUAGCAAUCUUGGAGAUCCUGUUAAUAACUUAAGUGAAGCAGAACAAAAUCCCAAAGGUGUUCAGUCCAACCAUUCCUUGCAAAAUGCACCCUUAAGUUCUUGCAAAGAUACAAGUGACCAGAAUAGGAGAGAAACUGGGAAAGCAUUGCCAAAGAAGGAGUUCAGACUAGAUUCGUUAGGAGACGUGAGUGGUGAUGAUUUAAUGGGAAGUGAGAAGUCAGAAGCAAGAGUUGCAAAGCUGGGUUCUUCUGUUAGUUCUUGCUUACCCUGUGAUGCUCCUGAUGGUAAAACUAUCACCUCUGAAAAGGAAGAUUAUAAAAAAACAUCUGCUUCAAGUAUUGCUCCUGUUGAGCUAAAAAAUUUUGCAUUUCAGAUAGAACCCACGGUUUCUUCAUCAAGCAGUCAGGACCCUUUGCAUGUGGAUUUGAAAAUUUCACAGGACAGGGGAGGGAAUGAAGAGUGUGUCAAGUCACAUGAUCAGUUUGAAAUGGAAGGUUUUGAAAAUCCUUCAGAUAAUGAGCUUCAAAAAGGAGGAAGCCAGUCAGGAGGCGGCCUUCUUCCUGACUUAAGCAAGCUUGGCCUGCCUGCUUCUCUGCAAAGAGACCUGACACGGCAUAUCAGUCUGAAGAGCAAAGUCGGGACACAUCUCCCAGAGCCCAAUCUCAAUAACGCACGUCGCAUUCGGAAUGUGAAUUGUCUUCGGAGAAGCGAGACAGAGAAGGAGUCAGGGCUUAAACCUACCCUCAGGCAGAUUCUUAGUGCUUCCCGGCGAAAUGUUAACUGGGAUCAGGUCAUCCAGCAGGUAACCAAGAAGAAACAGGAACUUGGCAAAGGUUUACCAAGGUUUGGCAUAGAAAUGGUGCCUCUUGUUCAAAAUGAGCAAGGUCUAGAACUCAGUGAAGAAUCUGAUCCAUCUACUCUGGAAGGAUUCCAGUGGGAAGGGAUUUCUUUAGCAGUAUCUGGCUCUGCCAGAAAACGUAGCUUUUCUGAAAGCAGUGUCAUAACAGACAGAAAUCCUUCUGAUUAUAGCUUUUUCAGUGAACAAGCCAAAAUUAAAGAAAGUGGGCAAAGGCAAGUAAUUGCAGCCAGCCACUCACAUCAUAUAACAUCUGGAUAUGAGGCAAUCACUGACAUUGAAGCUGAUCAGAAAGAGGCGACACCAUCUCUUGCUUUGUCACCUUUUAUGUCUGAAAGAACUGAGGCUAGCAGAAGAAGUCACAGCCUACAGGCCACCUCUGAGAUCACAGGCCUUGCAGAACAAGACCAGGAGAGCCCAGAGAAGAGAACACCUCUUCUUGAAAAGCAAAAUGUAUUAGAGAUCUCAGAAGAAAAUCGUCCAGCUUCAAAUAGUGCUUCACUUCUUGCAGUGUCUAAUAACAUAGAUGCGGCUACAGACAGUAGCUGCACAUCUGGUACUGAACAGAAUGACAGCCAAGGAAUUGGAAAGAAGCGAAGGGCAACUGGAGAGGGAUCUUCUCCUGAAAUCCCUAGUCUAGAAAGAAAUAAUAAAAGAAGAAAAAUCAAAGGUAAAAGAGAACGUUCUCAGGUAGACCAGUUGUUGGCUAUUUCUCUGAGGGAAGAAGAGUUAAGUAGGUCCCUGCAGAGUGUGGACAGGAGCCUCCUGCAGGCGAGGGCUGCCCUGCAGGCUGCCUAUAUUGAGGUUCAACGGUUCCUUGUGGUAAAGCAGCAGAUAACUAUGGAAAUGAGUACACUGAGAAGUCAGAGAAUCCAGAUCCUGCAGGGGCUACAAGAAACAUAUGAACCUUCUGAACUCUCAGAGCAACUUUCCUGCAAUGCCCUAACUGAGAGACGAAACAGCAAAUCUCAGAUGGCAGCUGACCCAAUUCCUUCAGGCUCUCUCCUGCCCCUCGUGGACAGUUUGUCUUCCUCUGUACCUCCAGGAGGAUCUUCUAUUCCAGUAACCAUGCCAUCACCAUUCCAGUCUUCUGGCAGUAUACCUUCCAACACUCCUGACUCCUCAGUACAAGUUAAACGAGAACCUGUGUCUCCACAAGGCACAGAACUAAAUGUGAAUUCUGUACUCCAGAGCUCUGCCUGUGCUCCACAAACAGAAGAGGCGGAACAGAAUGAUGAGACCAACCAGAAAACUUCAGUGUAUCCUGUUAUCACUGCAACCAUAUCCCUAGCAGGACUGGCAGGUUGUUUCCAACACACUAAUGAAGAUGUUCACAAGCCUGAUGCAGACAAGGGACAGUCUGGACUUCCUGAGAACUCUUCUCCUCAUUCAGUGUCUGUUUUCAGCAAGAGAGAAGCAAAUGAUACAGUUGGUGAAAAAUUUUUGAUGGAUCAGUGUAGCACUUCCCUUUCAAAGCAUUCAGUCCUUCUAGAAAUGCCAAUGGAUAAAACGCCCAAAUUGUCAGCAGAACUGUCUGAGCAACACUUGACAAUGGCUGCAGUCCCAGCUGAGAAAGGGAAUAGAAGAAGGAGAAGGUUAAGGAAGAAGAAAACUCUGAGGGCAGCCCACGUGCCAGACAACAGUGAUACAGAGCAGGAUAUGAUUGACUUCAAGCCUGUCCGGAAAGUCAAGGGUGGAAAGGUUCCUAAAGGAGAAAAAGUUACUACAUCUACUCCUACAAGAGAGGAGAGUGGAGUUGCUGCUCAAGCAGUAAGAAACAACGACAAGAAUGACAGUGAUGCUUCUCUGGAACUAGUGGAAAUUUCAGCACCUCAGUGUGAUGUGGUUGAUGUUGGUUCAUCAGAGUCAGGAGAUGAGAAACCAGAUGGUCUGUCAAAGAGGGAUUCAUGCAAUUCUGUGGAUCAAGCAGCCCUAGAGGCAUCUUGCUCUGGUUAUGAUGAAGUGAGCUCCACCAGUGAGAUUGGCACAAAUUCUAGGAAUGAUGGGAAAAGAAGUGUGGCUGAGAUACAGACUUCCAUAUCAUCCCUAAGAGGAUCAAAGAAUUCUUCAGAAGUGUCUUCAGAGCCAGGUGAGGAUGAAGAACCUACUGAGGGAAACUUUGAGGGACACUUGGCUGCAGUGAAUGCUAUUCAGAUUUUUGGGAAUUUGUUGUAUACCUGCUCAGCAGACAAAACAGUUUGUGCCUACAAUCUUGUUAGCAGGAAGUGUGUGGCCAUCUUUGAAGGACAUACUUCGAAAGUGAACUGCCUUCUGGUCACUCAGACAAAUGGGAAGAAUGCUGCACUCUACACUGGCUCAAGUGAUCACACUGUCAAUUGUUAUAAUAUCAAGACCAAAGAGUGCAUGGAACAGUUUAAAUUGGAAGAUCGAGUGCUCUGUUUACACAGUAGAUGGCGGAUCCUUUAUGCAGGUCUUGCAAAUGGCACUGUGGUUACUUUCAGCAUAAAGGUUAGUUUGUUUAAAUAUUGGCACCUGAAAGCCUAUUGUGAUACUGUUUCUUUCCUCUGUGUUUCUUUCCAUUCUUUAUCUACAUUGUUGGUAGUGGGCUCUUAUGACUGCACCAUCAGUGUGCGAGAUGCACGGAAUGGGCUGCUUCUCAGAACCCUGGAAGGUCACAGCAAGACUAUUCUCUGCAUGAAGGUUGUGAAUGAUCUGGUAUUCAGUGGUUCCAGUGAUCAGUCUGUCCAUGCCCACAACAUUCAUACUGGAGAGCUGGUACGGAUCUAUAAGGGCCAUAACCAUGCAGUAACGGUUGUGAACAUUCUUGGGAAAGUCAUGGUGACAGCAUGUCUGGAUAAAUUUGUUCGUGUUUAUGAACUACAGUCACAUGACCGCUUGCAAGUCUACGGAGGCCACACAGAUAUGAUUAUGUGUAUGACCAUCCAUAAGAGCAUGAUCUACACUGGCUGUUAUGAUGGCAGUGUCAGAGCUGUGAGGCUUAAUCUGAUGCAAAAUUAUCGAUGCUGGUGGCAUGGAUGUUCACUGAUCUUUGGAGUUGUGGACCAUCUGAAACAACACCUGCUAACCGACCACACCAAUCCAAAUUUUCAGACCCUGAAAUGUCGUUGGAAGAACUGUGAUGCUUUCUUUACUUCCAGGAAAGGUUCCAAGCAGGAUGCUGUAGGACACAUUGAAAGACAUGCUGAGGAUGACAGCAGGAUUGACUCGUGAAGUUUUUCACCUCCCACAUUGGGAAGUAAUUUUGUAUGUCAAAAUUAUUCCAAAUAACAUCGGUUUCUUACUCCGGUCUUUCCUCUUUCUUUCCCCGCUUGGAAUGCAAAAACUGAGUGGGGCUGAAAUGCAUUCUACAGAGACUGCAGGUUGUGUUGUACUCUGUAGAAAUAAGGCUGGUAAUUAAGACUUAGCCCAAGUUCUUGCAAGUUUUUAGUUCAUUGGUGGACAAGAAUAUUCCUUCCCCUUGUCUGCCUUGUUUUUUUUGUUGUUUGUCUCUUUUCAGAUGGUUUUAUUUGUUUUUUUAAGAAGUACAGUCUUUGGGAAGUCCAAAGGGGUGUUGAAAACUUAGAUUACAAUAGGUGCUGCUGUUUGCAAACUCAGCUUGCAGCCUAUUAUGUGUCCAAGGUGUGUCAGGUUUUGUUGUAUCCAAUUUUUUAGCUGAUUUUAAUAAAAUUCUGCAAACCAGAAUAUCACAGAUUCUAACAAUGUAACCUGAAUAUCCAGUGUACGUUUUUACUUUCUUCAUAAAAAUAAAAGUUAUUUUAUGGAGACUGGAAUAAAUUAAUUUUUUAAUGUUAAUUGUAUGUAACUUAUUUUUUAUUCCUUGUGUAAAAAUUGCUGUAACUGGCACAAUAUAUACAGUGAUAGAUACCAUACCUCUUGAGGUAUUUUGUUUAUUUUGAGGAAAGUGGUUAUUUCUUGAGAGAGAUGCCAGUAGCAGCAAAACAGCCAAAACAGUGGCUCUACUCACAUGCUUUGCAAUCUUAGUCUUUUUCAGUAUAGGUCCAAAUGUAUGGGAAAAAAGUAAGUGGUGUUUGUUUCUCUUUUAGUUAAAGAGCAGUGUAACCACCACUGCUGUCUUGAUAAAACACUGUAAUUGGAUUGCUGAUUUUGUGAAAUCUUAGUGACUGAGCUUUGCAGUCCCAUAUCCUCAUGGCAUAGCAAACCAAGAGAAAUGCAAAGGCACUGUGUGUCUGAGUGCAUCCGCUUUGGUAGUGUUUUGUUUCUGUUGUGAACUGGCUUAAUUGUCUUGGGCUAUAUGAAGUUCACAAAAACUCAACUGGAAAGAAUGGAACAGGGUUUUAAAGUCUAAAGUUCUCAAGCAGAAGCUGAGGAUAUGAAAUGCAUAUCACAUGUAAAAGUCUUGUUUCUCCUAAUGCACAGAAGGUACCACAGUGAGGCCAGUGCAGAAGGGAAGACUGAGCUUGUCAGGGUUCUCCUGCAGGUGUCCCCUUGAGUGGGAUUGCUUCGCUUCAGAAGUUCAGUGAAAUGUCCUUCUGGCACUUGCCAUCCUCUCUCCCCUCCCUAAUGACACUAAUUUAUGACAAAGAACCCUCUUAACGCUGAAUCUAAUCUAGCAAGGAGCUUUGUGUUCACUUUUGCCUAACUUUGGUGCUCAGGAUAAAAUAAGCAGAGGUUUUCCCAAGCUGUAAGAGAGGGUGAAGGCAGUGAACUGAGCUGCUUGUACACAAAUUCAGCGCUUUUCAAAAAAUCCUGAGUGGACUGUUUUUACUAGGUAUCUUAUUCACAACCACUUUCAAACUUGUCAACCAUAGACCAAAUAAGUUUUAUAGCCUCAUUCUUUGACUGUAAAGAAGCCUUUUUAGGCCAAGAAAGUGAAUAAUUCAGGAAAGCCCAUGGAUGUUCCACUGCCAUCCAAUCAAGGAACUUCAGGGCCUUCUCUGGAGCACACUGGUUUUGUAUUAUCUUAGCAGACAAGCAGAAUUGCUCUGACUGAUGGAUAUUAUUUGUGAGAUGGGAGGAAAAUAAGAAUGAGAUGUAGUAGUAUCCUACUUCAAAGACAUGGGAAUCUCUGAGGUUCCAGUGCUUUUGUGGUGAUUUAGUUUGUUUAUUUUUUAUUAAGCUGUUUGUGGAUAGCAAAGAGCCCCAAUAUGUGGCUCAGACCUCAGGCUGUUCUGAGGGUGUUCUUGUUUUGGUUUUUAGGGGAUGUGUGUUUGUGGUUUUGGUGCUGGGCUUUUUUAAUCUUUCUUUCUAUGGACUGUGGAUGAAGCAGUUCAAUAGAGAAUCAAGUCUGGGGAAGUCUUUAAGCAGUGUAGAUGUUUUGGGAUGGAGGGUGUAAUGCUCUAAAGCCUGAGAGCAUUUGUGUGGGUUUUUUGAUGACCUAAAAGCAGAAGACUGCAUAAUACUUAAACCAUUUCCAAAGGUGAUGGUAUUCAGGAGUUCUGAGAGUUUUUUGAACCAUGAUGAGGGAGCAUGUAAGUGUGGCAUAAACAGGGUAGGCAUCCUAAGCUGUCCUUCAUGGACUGUGCUGCAAGUGAAGGUGUGGAGGUAUGUCCCGAGGACAAGUCUGUGGGGCAGUAGUGGCAUUCUGAAAAACAUGUGUGAGAGUAGAUUUUGUUACUUCUCCCUUGUGAGUCUUUACAUUCUUUCAGCUGUUUUCAGGAACAUAUAAGGAUCUUUCUCAUUAGUUGUUGCAAUAAACACAGUUAUGACACUUUAUUUGCAUUCCCAUUUGCUUGUUGGAUUUAUCUUUUCUAGUUGGUGGAAGCAGUCUUUCUUUUUGUGGUGGUCCAUGAUAUUUCCUUAGCUGUCUUGAAAACAAUCCUCCUGAAAAGUCUGGGCUACUGAAGUCCAGCUUUAGCAGUUGUGUCUUUUGCUGCUUUGUAGGUCAUAUCAGAUACAUUGUAAGAGAUGGGAAAAUAGCAGAGCUACCCGAGUUAAAAAUUUUACUUCAUAAUUCAGAAACAAUUUUUUAAAAUCCUCGGGUUCAGAGGAAAAUGCUGGUUUUCAUGAGGAUAUCUUAAAAGGAUUUGCUAUAAAGUGGUGCAGCUGUGAAAAUCCCCAGGCUUCUCUGGAUUUCUGUGGAGUGGUUUCCUAUUUGUUCAGUUGGAAUUUGGUGCAGAUUUCACAACUGGCCAUUUACUUUGUCUGGAGGCAAUUGCAGAACAGAAAUGCCAAAAUAAUGUUUGUUGGUGUUUGUCAGUGAGAUCCUCUCUGGUCUUGCAACUGAGGGUUUUGACUCCUGAUAUACCUCUAGCUGAAGAAUGCAAUAACUUUGGCAAGAUGGGCUGUUUGUGACAUUUAACACAGUAAUAUUUGCAUGAAAAGCAGUACUGCACAUCUGAAGCCAGUUUCAGGAUUACUUAUUUUUGGUUUUGGUUUGUUUUUUAUGCAAGUAAAAAAUUGUGGGUGGAAGAGUGAGUAGAGUGAAGAUUUAUUUUGUGAUUAGCUAUGGAUUUUUUAUUAGUCUACUGUUAAAAAAAGUUUUGGACUUGCUGUAUGACAGCCCUUUAGGGGCCUUUUGGGAUUGGUCUAUAUUAGUUUCACCUUUCUCCUUCAAAUUUCAGAGAAAAAUAACAGCUAUCUGGCAGUGCAAAAUACUCUGGCCUAACACUGCUGCUUCUGUACGUGGAAGGGGAUGGAGGGAAAACUGCAUCUCUUGGUACAAAGAUGCAUUAAAUAUCCAGGCUUCUGCUUACCUUGUGUCAGUUAUAUGUGAAUUAGACUUUAAACCUAGUAUCAGCACAUAAGUUGGCUUCUGCAAAAUAGCAGGAGCUUGGCUGUGUGGUGUGUUUGAAGUAGUGCAGUUCUUAAUGCACAUUUUCAAACAGUACAAUCAUGCUGGAUCAAGGUAAAUUAUAACUGCAAACUUGCAAAUGGCAGGGGAAAUGUUUUUGUUGGGAAAAUACUUUUCCCUUAAGUUGAAUUAAAACACAGGUACAGGUGAAUCUUGGUUUUUUCUUGGGCCUGUAUUGUACUAUAAUUCAAGCAGUCUGAGUUGUCCAGAGUUGCAGAAUAUGUGAGGAAGGAUGAGGAAAUGGUUUCAGCUGCUGUUUGUAAAAUAAUUAAUCCUCAAAGAGCAAACUGUGUAGGUAUAUAUUCUGUUAUAUGCGCCUGCCAGCUUCUCAGAUUUCAUUUUGCUGUAACGUUAAACAGUCUUCUUAAAGAAUGGAAGUGGAAUAGAACAACUUGAUUGAAUAUUUGAUAAUGUAAGCUGUGUAAAACAUGUGCACAGAUGGAUCAUGGUUUUUUUCUCUCAUUUUGGUACAAAGCUGUGAGUGUAAUAACGAAACUUUACAUGGCAAAAGAAGAAAUAAAAAAAAUAAAGUUCUUUAUAUUGUUA